AUGAAGGCGCUAAGGCGGAAAAUGCUUCAGGGUGAUCACUACUUCCCCCCUAUUGUACUCGAUAUUGGAGCAUAUUUGUUGCGUUCCCUUACACAAAAUCACUGCAAGCAGCAGGAGUGUUUUUGUGUACAGCAAAGGAAGCUGAAUAGGAAGUCACUGUUUAGCCUGUUCCUUUAUCCCAAUAUGAUUGGACUUGAGUCGAUGGCUGACCCAUCUGACACCUGGGAGAUUACUGAAACCAUAGGGAAGGGGACGUAUGGGAAAGUUUAUAAAGUCAGCAACAAGAAAGAUGGAAGCAUGGCAGCGGUGAAGAUCUUGGACCCUAUCAGUGAUGUUGAUGAGGAGAUCGAGGCAGAGUAUAAUAUUCUGAAGUCACUUUCAAAUCACCCAAACGUUGUAAUGUUUUAUGGGAUGUAUUACAAAGCCGAUCAGUAUGUUGGUGGACAACUCUGGCUCGUUCUGGAGCUGUGCGACGGAGGAUCCGUCACAGACCUCGUGAAAAGCAUGGUAAAGUGUGGACAACGUUUGGACGAAGCCAUUAUUUCAUAUAUCCUAUAUGGAUCUUUGCUAGGUCUCCAGCAUUUGCACAACAAUAGAAUCAUCCAUCGUGACGUGAAAGGGAACAAUAUUCUUCUGACAACAGAAGGGGGAGUCAAGCUGGUUGACUUUGGAGUGUCUGCACAGCUCACCAGUGCACGCCUGCGCAGGAACACGUCUGUGGGUACACCAUUCUGGAUGGCACCAGAGGUCAUCGCUUGUGAGCAGCAGUAUGAUUACUCCUAUGACGUCCGCUGUGAUGUUUGGUCUCUUGGGAUUACAGCCAUCGAGCUGGCAGACGGAGAUCCGCCUUUGUCCUCUAUGCACCCAGUGAAAGCACUCUUCAAGAUCCCGAGAAACCCUCCUCCUACAUUACUUCAUCCAGAACAAUGGUCCAGAGCAUUCAGCCACUUCAUUGCACAGUGUCUGAUUAAGGAUUUCGAAAAGAGGCCGUCGGUCAUACAUCUGCUGGAGCAUCCAUUCAUCAAGCAGGCCCAUGGUAAAGAAAUGGCCUUCCAGAGACAGCUGGCCGAUCUCGUCUACACUCAGCAGCAGUCUGGAUCUAUUGCUAGAACAAGGUAUGAAAGGAUGCAUACCAGGAGGCCUUAUGUGCUGCACACCAAGGAGAACACCUGUCUGGAUGAUGACCUGGUCAACCUGGAGGUUCUAGAUGAGGAAACCAUAAUUCACCAGUUACAAACCCGGUUUGCAGAUUUACAGAUAUACACCUACGUUGGCGAUAUUUUGAUCGCUUUAAAUCCUUUCCAGAACCUCAGCAUUUAUUCUCCACAGUUCUCCAAGCUGUAUCAUGGAGUAAAACGUGCCUCAAACCCCCCUCAUAUAUUUGCCACUGCAGACGCAGCAUAUCAGGGAAUGGUGACUUUCAGCAAAGAUCAGUGCAUUAUCAUCAGCGGAGAGAGCGGUGCCGGGAAGACAGAAAGUGCUCAUUUGAUUGUGCAACAUUUAACCUUCCUGGGAAAGGCUAAUAAUAGGGCCCUGAGAGAAAAGAUCCUACAAGUUAACCCUUUGGUUGAAGCCUUUGGAAACGCCUGCACUGUGAUCAAUGACAACUCCAGUCGGUUUGGAAAAUAUCUAGAAAUGAUGUUCACACCCACGGGGGCCGUCAUGGGUGCAAAGAUCUCGGAAUACCUGUUAGAAAAAUCCCGGGUCAUUAAACAGGCUAUGGGUGAGAAGAAUUUUCACAUAUUUUAUUACAUAUAUGCUGGUCUCUAUCACCAUAAAAAGCUUUCAGAAUACAGUCUCCCAGAGAAAAAGCCUCCAAGAUACAUUGACAAUGAAACAGGUUCAGUCAUGCAAGAUAUUACCUCCAAGGAAUCGUACAGAAGACAAUUUGCUGCAAUUCAACAUUGUUUUAGGAUUAUAGGAUUUAGUAAUGACGAAGUCCAUUCGGUGUACAGAAUUCUGGCCGGAAUACUGAACACAGGGAACAUUGAGUUUACUGCCAUAUCUUCAAAACACCAAACUGAUAAGAGUGAAGUUCCUAAUGGAGAAGCCUUAGAAAACGCUGCUGCCCUUCUCAGUAUUGGUGCCGAAGAGCUUCAGGAGGCGCUGACCUCACACUGUGUAGUAACAAGAGGGGAGACAAUUAUCCGCACCAACACUGUGGAUAAGGCAGCUGAUGUCCGAGAUGCCAUGUCCAAGGCUUUGUAUGGGAGGCUUUUCAGCUGGAUUGUGAACCGCAUUAACACCCUUCUCCAGCCUGACAAAAAUAUAUGCAAUGCUGAGAGUGGUAUGAACGUGGGCAUUCUAGAUAUUUUUGGAUUUGAAAACUUCAAACGAAAUUCUUUCGAACAGCUUUGCAUUAACAUUGCCAAUGAGCAGAUCCAGUUUUAUUUUAAUCAGCAUAUAUUUGCUUUGGAGCAGAUGGAAUAUCAGAGUGAAGGAAUAGAUGCUGCACUGGUGAAGUAUGAGGACAACCGGCCUCUAUUAGAUACCUUUCUUCAGAAACCCAUGGGGCUUUUGUCUCUGCUGGAUGAAGAAAGCAGAUUCCCACAAGCAACAGACCAGACUUUAGUUGAUAAAUUUGAGGACAAUCUUAGAUGCAAAUACUUUUGGAGGCCGAAAUGCGUGGAGCUUUGUUUUGGCAUUCAGCAUUAUGCUGGAAAGGUCCUCUAUGAUGCUUGUGGUUUCCUCGAGAAGAACAGAGACACACUACCAGCUGAUAUUGUUGUCCUGUUGAGAACAUCAGAAAACAAACUUCUUCAGCAGCUGUUCUCGAGUCCGUUGACUAAAACAGGUAAUCUGGCUCAGUCAAGAGCACGAGUGACAGCGGCUUCUCGAUCUCUGCCUCCUCAGCUCAAUGCAGGACGUAUUAAGAUAGAUACAAUGGAAAUGAUGAGGCAUCCGGACGAAACAACUAAUAUGAAAAGACAGACUGUGGCUUCUUAUUUUAGGUAUUCCCUUAUGGACUUGUUAUCCAAAAUGGUGGUUGGGCAGCCUCAUUUUGUCCGCUGCAUUAAGCCAAAUGAUGACCGGGAGGCAAUGAAGUUUUGCCGGGAGAGAGUACUCAUGCAACUGCGCUACACAGGGAUUCUAGAAACUGUCAAUAUCCGAAGACAGGGAUAUUCACAUCGUAUUUUAUUUGAGGAGUUCCUCAAAAGGUAUUAUUACCUUGCAUUCAAAGCUCAUCAGAAUCCUCCACCGACGAAAGAAAGUUGUAGUGCAAUUCUAGAAAAAGCUAAACUUGAAAAGUGGGUUCUUGGAAGAACUAAGGUUUUCCUGAAAUACUACCACGUGGAACAGCUAAACCUCUUACUGCGGGAAGUCAUCGGACGGGUAGUCGUGAUGCAGGCCUAUACCAAAGGAUGGCUCGGUGCAAGGAGAUAUAAGAAAGUUAAAGAGAGGAGAGAAAAGAGUGCGACCUGUAUCCAGGCUGCAUGGAGAGGAUAUGAUAGUCGAAAGAAAUUCCAAGAACUAAGAACCAGAAGAAAUGAAGCUGCAGUUGUUAUUCAAGCAGCUUUUAAGGGGUAUGUAGCCAGAAAGAAUUAUAUCGUCAUAAAAAGCAGCAAACCGGUUCCACUCAAAGAUAAAUCUCCAGAAGGGACAGCUGCCAUUUACAGCAGUGGAAAAUGUGACUACCAUCCUUCAAUUCACAUUCAAAACAUGCCGGAACGGAGCCCAGAUGACUCAACCCCCCAGAAAUACUGGCUCCACAUCAUAGCUACCAAUAGCAAACCAGUGCCUAUAUUAGGCUAUUGGGAACCUACCUUAGAGAUUGAAGAUACCAAACUCCCACACCAAGGAGUAGUCGUGAUCCAGGUCCUGGAAGAUGACAAUUGCACUGUGGUCCUGGGGAUGAAUGUACUCGGCAACUGUUACACUGAAGUGCUGGAGGCCUUGAAGAAAACCCUACUGACCGCACUCCGUGUAACUCAACGCGUCAUAAACCAGACCAUCCAGGUGGUAGCUGCCCAACGAAAAUUACGCAACCGACAGAGUGAAAUCUGUCGUGUUCGCAUCAAGGAUGCUCAGCCUAUUAGACUUCAGCCUGGAGCAGAGACCCUGAUAUGGCAAGAGAAUUGUGACACUACUCAUUUCACAGAGCCAGACAGCCUGGACCAGCAGUUGGAGAAGGAUUACGAUGUCUUAAACAUGCAGGAUGCAGGGACCAUGCGCACAGACAGAGGUCGACAGAAUUUCAAUAUCCUUGGACCUCGCAAAGUUACAGGCUCAGAACAAUACUUUGAAAAAAAGUUGAGGACAACAAGACGUGGUCAACAGCCCAAAACAUUGAACAGCCCAGAGGACAGCCUCUACUACAACCAAAUUAAUGGAACUCUGGAAUAUCAAGGGACCAAGCGGAAGCCGAGGAAACUUGGCCAAAUCAAAGUUUUAGAUGGAGAGGAUGAAUAUUACAGACUGUUAUCAGCUGUCGACUCGAUACCCGAGGAGGAUCUAUCAGUCUGCAGCCCUUUGACCAAGGAGCAAGAAGCAUUUUUUGCCUCUAGUUCUGUACAUUAA